AUCAUUAAAGUCGCACGGACAGCACAAUUGUCCGCUGACAUAAGGAACCGUUACUUGCAAACGCGUGUCGCAGUUGAAACUCCAGUGAGUCGCUGUCAGUGAGUUUCAGUGUAGACGACUGAUCAGUGAAUCAACAAAACGGUGCCUCAAUAAAAGCAGGUUAUUCCGUUGUCUUGGAAUCCACCUAACGUCUUAUACCAAAGCAAAACCAGCACAGAAAGAAACAAGGCAAACAAAAUGGGUUUCUCUGCUCAGGAAAUUGUUGAUAUCAAGGAAAGCUGGGAAGUGCCAAAAGCUAACCUCACUGACUCCGGUGCGGCUAUACUAGUGCAUUUUGUCACCAAAUAUCCCGACAAUUUGAUGCAUUUCCCCUUCAAGGAUGUACCAAUCGUUGAUUUGAAUAAAAAUGAACGUUUCCGUUCACAUGUAACGAAGAUCAUGAAAGUCUUCGACAAUUCCGUCAAUGUGCUCGGUGCCGAUGAAGCGCAGAUAACACAGAUCUGGCAAGAUUUAGCUAAGUCUCACGUUAAACGUCAGAUACCGGAAAAAUCCUACUUGGAGUUGAGGGAUUCCAUUUUGACGGUUCUAAGCGAAGCGGCGAAAUUGACCGACGCACAAAAGGCGGCUUGGCACAAAAUGUUAGAUCAUGUAUAUGCGAUUUUAUUUCAGAAAAUGUCCGAGUUGGGUGCUUAAGUGAGAGUAAUGAGCAUAAGCGGGAGCGCUGUUUAACAACACAGUAGAGACUUGUUGAACUUUAUGACAGAAAAUAUUAUAUACUUUUAAGAUUUACAUAAAUAUUAUUAUUUAGUAACUAUUUUCUUUUAGUUAAAUAUUUAAUUUGGUAGUUAAUUUGUUUGUUUAGUUUGUACUGUCUUACUGACUUUUUUGAAUAUAA